AUGGAUUCUUUAAUGCUGCGCGAUGAAGCGGCGAAGGAGCGCAUUCGCCUUGCUGAGGAGUUUCUCGAUCCCCAUGACCAACAUGCACGAAGCUAUCGCGCCGAUAUUGCCUUGAUGGUGCAGAAGAACCAGAGGAGACUGGUAGUCAACAUCGACCAUGUUCGCGACCACAACCCUGACAUGGCCGAGGGCCUCCUCUUCGACCCUUUCGACUGGACUCUCGCCUUCAACCACGCCCUCAAGCAGGUCGUUGGCACCAUUCCAGGCACCAAUGUUGAUCCCGAGUCCCUCUACUACUGCGCCUGGGCGGGAAGCUUCGGCCUCAAUGCUUGCAACCCGCGGACGCUAUCGUCCCACCAUUUAAACCACAUGGUCUCUCUCGAGGGUAUCGUCACGAGAACCUCGCUCAUCAGACCAAAGGUCGUCAAGAGCAUACACUACAAUGAGAACAAGAACAUUUUCCAUUUCCGCGAGUACCGCGACCAGACCAUGACCAACGGCCAAACGACAUCAAGCGUCUACCCAUUGGUCGACGACGAGGGCAACCCCCUCAUUACCGAGUACGGUUUUUGCACAUAUCGUGACCACCAGACCAUCUCGAUUCAGGAGAUGCCUGAGCGGGCGCCUGCUGGCCAGCUGCCUCGUGGUGUCGAUGUCAUCCUGGAUGAUGACUUGGUCGACAAGGUCAAGCCGGGUGACAGAAUCCAGCUGGUGGGCAUCUUCAGAACGCUCGGUAACAGAAACACAAAUCACAACAGCGCACUAUUCAAGACGGUAGUUCUCGCCAACAAUGUUGUGCUCCUCUCCUCCAAAGCCGGUGGUGGUGUGGCUUCUGCAACUAUUACCGACACUGAUAUCCGAAACAUCAAUAAGAUCUCCAAGAAGAAGAACCUUUUUGAACUCUUGUCGCAGUCUCUUGCACCGAGUAUCUAUGGCCAUGACUAUAUCAAAAAGGCAAUUCUGCUUAUGCUACUUGGUGGUAUGGAGAAGAACUUGGAGAACGGCACACAUUUGAGAGGAGAUAUCAAUAUUCUGAUGGUCGGUGACCCGUCAACAGCCAAAUCACAGCUUCUGCGUUUCGUCCUAAACACGGCUCCCCUUGCCAUUGCCACUACCGGUCGAGGUUCGUCCGGUGUCGGUUUGACAGCUGCCGUUACCUCUGACAAGGAAACUGGCGAGCGGCGGCUCGAGGCUGGUGCCAUGGUCAUGGCAGACCGCGGCGUGGUGUGUAUUGAUGAGUUUGACAAAAUGUCAGACAUUGACAGAGUUGCUAUCCACGAAGUCAUGGAACAACAGACCGUCACUAUUGCCAAGGCUGGUAUUCACACCUCAUUGAAUGCCCGCUGUAGUGUGAUAGCGGCUGCCAACCCCAUUUUUGGCCAAUACGACACUCACAAGGACCCGCACAAGAACAUUGCCUUGCCCGAUUCUCUCCUCUCCCGUUUCGAUUUGUUGUUUGUCGUCACGGAUGACAUUGAGGACAUGAGGGACAGACAGGUAUCAGAGCACGUCUUGCGUAUGCACCGUUACCGCCAGGCCGGCACUGAUGAAGGCGCUCCUGUCCGAGAAAAUGCAUCACAAGCUCUGGGCGUGGCACUUCAAAGCCAAAACGAUACCCAGAGGCCCACUGAGGUUUACGAGAAAUUUGAUGCCAUGUUGCAUGCCGGUGUUACAAUCACUACCGGCCGUGGUGCAAAUAAGCGCAAAGAGGUGCUGAGCAUUCCUUUCAUGAAGAAAUAUAUACAGUACGCCAAGUCAAGAAUAAAGCCUGUUCUUACCCAGGAAGCUUCGGAUCGUAUUGCCGACAUUUACGUCGGCUUGCGCAAUGACGAGAUGGAGGGCAACCAACGGAGAACCUCACCUCUGACUGUCCGUACCCUCGAAACCAUUAUUCGUCUUGCAACCGCCCACGCAAAGGCACGUUUGUCGAACCGCGUGGAAGAGCGCGAUACCACCGCUGCAGAGGGUAUCCUCCGCUUUGCUCUAUUCAAAGAGGUGCUCGAAGAUGAGUCCAAGAGGAAGCGAAGGCGGACCAGGGCAGCGGCAGAGUCGGAUUCGUCGAGCGAAGAGAGCUCAGACGAUGAUGACGAUGAAGGUGCCUUGAGAAGUACCGCGGCACGCAGCAGUGCUGCUCGCUCGGCUCGCGCCUCUGCACGAGGCCAGGCAAAGGACCAGCGUGCUGCUACCAACGGUACUGCCGGCAGCAAGGGCCCGAGCUCAUCAGCUGCGGCCGAGGAAGAGGAGGAAGAGGAGGAAGAGGAGUUGUACGAUGCAACUCCGCGACGCACCCGUGCCACUGCUGGUCGCUCAAGCACAGCUGCGCCGUCGCAGUCGCAGGCCACAUCAUUUGCGUCGUCAUUGCCGUCGUCGCAACUGCAAAACGAAUCUCAGGACGACGCUGAGCUGGCAUCAAGUGCUGCUGGUCUCAACCUCGACGCUCCCAUCAGUAAUGAGAGAUUGGCCACAUUCCGUACAUCGCUCGGACAACUUCUAAACACUGACCUCUUCGAGGACGAUUCGGCAGACGUCAGUGCUGUCAUCUCAGCCGUGAACGGUCGGGUAGGCCGCGGCAGUGGCGGCGCCUUUAGCCGCGACGAGGCUGUCAAGGCGCUCAAGAAGAUGGACGCAGCUAACCAGAUCAUGUACACUGAUGGAGAUUUGGUAUAUAAGAUUUGA